AACGCACCGCAUCUCUCCGCAGUGAGGAGCCACAAGGCAGGCUGUCACUCCGCGCUAGCCGCCCGGCCCGAGCUCUCCUCCGAGCCACCCGGCCGUCCCUCUUCAGGAAGGCUGACUCCGGACGCCGCCUCCGGGGACGGGGAGGCCGCGGCGCGCUCAGCGCCUCUCGUUCCGCGUCCCCGGGCCCGUCGCCGACCGCCCGGGCGGGAAGGGUCGAAGUCCGCGGCAUCCCGGAAGCGGCACGCCGCCGGCGGCGGUCCCGCCGAGACAAUGGCCGGGUCCGGGGGCGCGUUGCCGCCUCGGUCAUUUUCCGAAGAGACGCUUACGACCCUCUCCCCCCCGACCCCCCCGCUCCGCUGACGAGCGGACGGAGUGAAAUCCGUCCGGAGGGGGGCCGCUCCGACCCCGUGACGGACGGCUCGAACCUUCGGGGCAGGGCACGGAGCAUCUGAUUACGUUCUACUGCCGACGAGCUGAAGAACGCACCUGACCGGGCGUCUCAUCUAGCCGCCUGAUCCGCGGACUGCAGGAUCUCCUCACGCUGUCCGUUCCCAAGCCGGAAAGGAAUUAAAAGGAAAACUUGGAACCCUCCCCCCCCGGCCCCGCUUCGGACGGAGGUGCUCCGGCAAUAUCUGGAGAAGGCCUAGGAUACAAUUUUCCCGGGGAAGGAGAUCAAUGCAGUAGUUACGUACCCGCCAGGAAAAUGGUGAGCAUUUUUUUAAGGAAUUUCUAUUUCAUUCCGGUGUGACGGAAACUACCGGUUCGUGAAGAAACCAUGAAAACAGGAAUUUCCGAGAGGGGAAUGCGUUUCCUUCGCCGGCGAGUUAAAGGAAGCUCUAUCAGGCUUUUUCGGCACUGCACAUUAAGUUAUUCCUAUCAAUUGUCACAAUGACUAAUGGCUAGUUUCUCCUCUGCAUUUUAUGACCCCUUAUGUAUCCUCCUUUAAUGAAAAUAAACCAGAUUAAAUGGCAGAUGGUUUCUCUCAAAAGCACACGAACUGGAUUUUACAGUCUAAUGCAACUUAUGUGACAGAGACAGCGCUCCGAGCUAAGGAGCGGGAGUACUAUAAAAACACACGCACGGUUGUAAGCGAAGGAUGCUUAAGUACAUUUCCGAAGCCAGAGAUCGGCUGUCUGGAUUUUUAUUUCCAGCUAUCCUGGAAAAUAAAAAUACACGGCCCCACCAGGCGAGGGGGAAUAGGAUUAACAUCUCCUAAGCAAGUUCGGUACCGGUGGCUUUUACGGGCAUAGCGAACACAAGCGGCGGGUACCGCACGCUCUGCUCGGUUAUUAGGAAACCACCGGGGAAAGUCAGUCUCUUUUUCCAAACCAAAAUCUGGCUGCCGAAGCGCCGGGGCUAAAGAGAAUGCAAGGGGUUCGACGAGGCACCAAAGAGAGCCCAGCUGCUUCGCCGGUUCCCGGUGAAAAUCUGUGUCAAAAACCUGUCCGUGCCAUCAGGUAUCGGGGAAUGAGAAGCUGCUGUAGUAGGCUGAAAAGCCCCUGAGGCAACAGAAUCCAGGACGAGACCCCGCCGCUCCAAAAGAAUGUGUCUCUCCCCAAUCCCGGAAGUCAACAUGCAGUCCGAACCGAACAUCACAGUUCGAGAUGACACCGGCGACCUCAACACCGACAUGUACCGACCACUCUCAUACCCACUGAGCUUCCAAGCGUCUCUCGCCGGAUUUCUCACGUUAGAAAUUGUGUUGGGACUCGGCAGCAACCUCACCGUACUGGUACUCUACUGCAUGAAAUCCAACUUGAUCAAUUCUGUCAGUAACAUCAUCACCAUGAAUCUCCACGUACUGGAUGUGAUCAUCUGCGUGGGCUGUAUCCCUCUAACUAUAGUUAUCCUUCUGCUCUCGCUGGAGAGUAACACGGCUCUCAUCUGCUGCUUCCACGAGGCCUGCGUGUCCUUCGCGAGCGUCUCCACGGCCAUCAACGUUUUCGCCAUCACUCUGGAUCGCUACGACAUCUCGGUCAAGCCGGCGAACAGAGUCCUGACCAUGGGAAGGGCCGUGGCGCUGAUGACCUCGAUAUGGAUCGUCUCGUUCUUCUCCUUCCUGAUUCCCUUUAUCGAGGUCCACUUUUUCAGUCCCCAGAGCGAGAGCACUUGGGAAAACAAGACGCUCCCGUGCGUCAGCGCCAACGAGUACCACACCGAACUCGGCGUGUACUACCACCUCCUGGUGCAAAUUCCGAUCUUCUUCUUCACCGUCGUGGUCAUGCUGAUCACGUACACCAAGAUCCUCCAGGCCUUGAACAUCCGCAUAGGCACGCGGUUUUCCACGGGGCCAAAGAAAAAGGCGAGAAAGAAAAAGACCAUCUCCCUGACCACGCACGAGACCACCGAGGUGUCGCAGGGCAGCGGCGGAAGAAACGUCGUCUUCGGGGUAAGAACUUCGGUCUCGGUCAUAAUCGCCCUACGGAGAGCGGUCAAACGGCACCGGGAGCGACGGGAGAGGCAGAAGAGAGUCUUCCGAAUGUCCCUGUUGAUCAUCUCGACGUUUCUGCUCUGCUGGACGCCCAUUUCGGUUUUAAAUACCACGAUCCUGUGUUUGGGCCCAAGUGACCUUUUGGUAAAGCUGAGGUUGUGCUUUCUAGUCAUGGCCUAUGGGACCACCAUAUUUCACCCUCUUCUGUACGCGUUCACUAGGCAGAAAUUCCAAAAGGUCCUGAGAAGCAAAAUGAAAAAGCGAGUCGUUUCCAUCGUGGAGGCGGAUCCCACGCCCAAUAACGCCGUGAUUCACAACUCGUGGAUAGACCCGAAGAGAAACAAGAAGAUCACCUUCGAAGACAGCGAGGUCAGAGAGAAGUGCUUAGUCCCUCAGGUUGUAACCGACUAGGGAAGCCGUUCGGACCGCAUCCCGGGGGGACGACGUUACGAACAAAUUAGGGGGAAAAAAAACUGACCGCCAGAUGAGGAAAACUUUUUUUUUUAAGGUAUCGGACAUAUUGUAAAUUUUCACUCUGAAUCGACGCUAGAUUAGCUCUUAUAUAGUCAAUUCCUUCAUUACGUAACGCGUCCGUCGCAUGGCAGUUUGUUAAGGUUACAUCACGUGUAUAUUUUGUCAGUAUUCGGCCGCCAGACGACAGCCGUUCACGUAAGUCAUAUUUUCUAAAAAAUGAAAUAAAAUAAUAGCCUUAAAACACUUAAAAUUCAAUCAGCAUCUGUA